GCGGAAUGGAUUGCUCCGUUUGAUUUGGUGAGAUGUUGCACUGGAUGCCCGUAGCCUACAUACCCUCUCCAUCAGCUCACCCCCCCUCGGCCCCGCAUCUCGCUACCGUGCACGGCUCGUCGGGACAGACCGGGCAACAGAAAAGUAUGCAAUAGCUAAAAAAAAAACAAGUGUAAAGUAGCAGGUCCGGACUGGUCGAUUGGAGGGGAGGAAAAGUUCUAGUUGAAGAAGGAGGAUUAUGCAGUGAGUCCCGCGCAUAGCUGGAAACAGGUGACUGAAGUAGAGACUGACAUUGCCGAAGGCCGGCUAGGAGGCCCCUUCCAUCUCCCCACCACCUCCUCCACCUCCAUCUGUCCUCCCUGCGUCCCAUCUCUCCAGCCCCACCAGCAUGGAUCUGAAGGAUCGCCGGCACCGCUCUCUGACCAGAGGUCGCUGCCCUAAAGAUUCCCAGUACAACACCUCCUCCCUGGACACAGAUGAGUGCCGGGUGCCGACCCAGAAGUCCUACAGCUCCAGUGAGACGCUUAAGGCCUUCGACCACGAGCAGAGGCUGCACUAUGGCGGCUGUGUGAGUGACCUGGUUCACCAUGAAGCGGAGGAGUAUUCGAGGCAAGGGGGUAACUUCACCCUGGCCGAGCUGGGAGUGUGUGAGCCAGCUCCCUCUCCGCACCCCGCUGCCGCUCCCUACUGUCCCGACCUGGGCCUCCUCCAGAGGGGGUACUCCCUCAGCGCGGGCUCCGACGCAGACUCGGACCCCGAGGGGCCGCUGUCUCCGGAGCGAGCCAUCCAGCUGUGGGCCGGACGCGGAGGGGUGAAGUCUCGCCGCAGCUCGGGAGUGUCCAGCCGUGAAAACUCGGCUCUCACCCUCACUGACUCAGAGAAUGACAACAAGUCUGAUGACGAGUCAGUUUACCUAGACGAUGAGGAGGAUGCGGAUCCAUUUGGAGACUAUGUGAUCAGUGUGGCAGGUGGAAAGAGCUACUGA